AGAAAAUUGUAAAGUAAAAUAUGUGGAUUUCAAUGUAGCUCUACCUCUGGUGAUAAAGAAAGCAAAAGAAAGAAAAUAUGUAAUUCUACUACCUGACACCUACUCCUCUCGCUCUCAUUCUCCAGAGUCACUCACUCCUCCCAGUCAGUCACAAAUCUUUCUUACCUGUAAAAAUACCCUUUUCAAGAAGAGCAACAAGAGGAAGAAAUCAAGAAACCCAAUCCCAUUUCACCCAAUACCCUUCUCUUUCUCUCUCCAUUACUUGGGUGGGCUAUGAUUGAGUGAAACAGACAAAGCUUUCUACCCACAAUGAGGAAGCAUGGAUGGCAGCUUCCUCACCAUCCCCUUCAGGUGGUAGCAGUUGCAGUUUUUCUGGCAUUGGGGUUUUCCUACUAUGUAUUUUUUGCUCCAUUUGUUGGGAAAAAGUUGUUCCAGUAUAUUGCAAUCGGGCUCUACACUCCUCUUAUACUAUGUGCCUUCAGCCUAUAUAUUUGGUGUGCAGCAGCGGAUCCUGCAGACUCCGGAGUUUUCAAGUCCAAAAAGUAUCUUAAGAUCUCAGACAGUAAAAAACAUGCACAGCUCAAGGAAUCUAAACUAGUUGGGGAAUCGACUUCAUCAAAACAGGACGUGAAUGCUGCAACUAUUGGAGGGGAACCUCUGGAUGGGGGCACUACGAAUGUGGAUACAGCAGAAGAAGAGUGUACUAAUGAAAAUAAGAAGCAUGCCUCGUCGCACCAUUCAUCAUAUUUUACUGCUCUAUGGGUUUUUAUGCCUUGUGCAUUUUUUUACAAUUGCUUGAGUCCACCUGAAGAAUCAUCCGAGCAACAACUGAGCGAAGAUGGCAUGUUCUACUGUAGUUUGUGUGAAGUAGAGGUUUUCAAGAAUAGCAAGCAUUGUAGGGUGUGUGAUAAAUGUGUUGACAAUUUUGAUCAUCACUGCAGGUGGCUCAACAAUUGUAUAGGCAAACGUAACUACCGGCAGUUUUUCAUCCUCAUGGCUUCUUCCCUUCUCUUGCUUAUGCUUCAAUGGUCAACUGGUAUCCUAGUAAUGGUCUGCUGUUUCCUCGAGCGCAAGAAGUUCUCUGCAGACAUCACCUCCAAGUUGGGUAGCAGUUUCACUGUGAUACCCUUUUCUAUUGCAGUGGCAGUGUGCACCAUAUUGGCUAUGAUCGCCACCCUGCCGCUAGCUCAGCUAUUUUUCUUUCAUAUUCUUCUCAUAAGGAAGGGGAUCAGUACAUAUGACUACAUCAUAGCUUUGAGAGAGCAAGAACAACAAGGAAUUGGAAGUCAACAAAGUCCUCAGAUGUCGAUUGCCAGCUCCCUCACUGGGUUAAGCACUGCAAGUUCCUUUAAUAAUUUCCAGCGAGGAGCAUGGUGUACUCCUCCACGGCUAUUUUUUGAAGAUCAGUUUGACGUGGUUCCUCCAGAUACUGGCUCUGUUAGUUCAUCAGGCAAAAAGAUGACGGGAGAAGAGUCAAUCAAGAAAACGGUAGACGUGCCAAUCAAGAAAAAGAAUCCUGCAGCUGUAAAGAUCAGUCCAUGGACGCUGGCACGCUUAAACGCAGAAGAGGUUUCAAAAGCAGCCUCUGAGGCAAGAAAAAAGUCUAAAAUCCUGCGGCCUGUGGUGCGACAGGAAGCUCCUUUUGGCCUCCAAACAGAAAGCAGCUUUGGCAGCAGUAGCCGGCGAAUGGUCCCGAAGCUCACGAACAAUAACCGAAAGCAAGCUAGUAAAGCUAGAGCUGCUGAAAGCUAUGGAAAUGGUUUCAUGUCAGAGGCUUCAACUACCUUGGCUCCUCUACAGCAUGAAGCCCUAAGUGCUUUCAGAACAAAUCAAGCUAUGGCGAGCUCAACUGCUUUCGUUGGUUCCUCUUCAGAAAGCAGUGUGGCUUCCCCUGACCUUGUCCAUCCGUUCCAGGUCUCCUCAUCAGCUUUUCAAAAGGGAAUAAUACCGCUUUCAAGGUCAACUAGUGGUGGUUACGAAGCGUCUGGUGGGGAAGAUAGCGACCGAGUUCCGUCCAGGACUGUGCAGAGGACUGUGCAGAGGUCAAUAGACUGGAGUAACCUUCGCUUUGGCCCAGACACUGAUGAGAGGGUCGCUAGACUGAAGGAUUCAAUAUCCUCUAGCCGGGCUAACACUACGAAUUACUGAAAAUUAGUCUGUGCUUGGAUCUUGGAUAUAUAAAGGGACUUGUAGCCGGAAAAAAAUGCCAGGGAUAUGUGCAUCUAAUAUAGUAUGUUUCUCCCUAUACGGUUCCGUAAAUCCAAGAUCUAAACACGGUCUACAGUUUACUAACUUCCGAUUGGCUUGAUCCAGAUUUGGGCCUCUAAUAUUUUCCGCUUCCCCUUAGCUAUUCUUCUCUCUCCCCAUAUCCAUCCACUAAAUCAAGAUGAAAUGCAGUCUGAUGUUUAUUGUGGGAUUGCUUGAAUCCGGUUAGUUGUAGAGGUUGUAAGAUUUUCUCCCUGUAUUUGUCAAGAUUGUUUGGCGUUGAGAUCUUGCAGAAAAUUCAGUUGCGCUUGUUUGCAAA